AUGGACGUUGCCCUUCUGGCUUCCGAUGUCGACCAGCUGUCGCAGCUGCUUGGGGAGUGCCAUCUGCAUGAGGAGCGGGAAGCGCUGGCGCAAGUGAUGAUGCCCAUUGCCACUUAUGCCGGGCAGCUGGCGUCAGGCAUCCAGGCGCCCCUUCCGGGCGGCUCCGUGUCUGCAGCCGCGGCUUCGGGGCCCUGGGCGGAGGAGCUGAUGAGACGGCUCCAAGGCUGUUCCUCUCCCGAAGAGGGCCGGGCGACCUGUGCCGAGAUGAUUGCGGCGUUCCACCAGGAUCAGCAGAGCAGCCAGCCGCUGCUGCCGGCCCGGGUGCCCGCGCACUACGCCGCGGCGCCCAUGGCCGCGCCGGCGCCGGCGCCGGCAGGCUAUGGCCCCAACGCAGAGCUCUCGGCUCGCCUCCAGUCUCUACAAGGCGCAAACCGCGUCAUCGUUCGAGCACUCCGGAUUAUGUCUGAUCGAGUGCGGGAACAGGGCAACCGCCGCAGAGAGGCCGAAGAGACAGUAGCGCAGCUGAAAGCGGAGCUGGAGGCUCGGGAGGAGCAGCUCCGCGCGUCGGAGAGGGCGAAGGUGCUCCUCCAGUCUCGCGUGGCGGUGCUCCUCCAGGGUCAGGAUGCCCCAGGUAUGCCGGAGGUGCCUUUGCCCAGUGAGCUUCUCAAAUGGCGGCGCCGAAAUUCCCAUGGCUUUAUUGUCAUCCGGAGACCCAAGAGGGUCCCUUCAGUUAGCUGGUCCCUGCAUUUGCUGCUCACACCGAGUAAAAGCGAGCUGCAAUCUCUAUGCACCUCCACCAUCCGGCCAAGUCGCCGGCCUUUUGCGGCCUCGGCCGCAGCUGCUGCCCUUCUGUGCUUGGUACGGAGAGCUGGCCAAGGCGGCCGCCUCUUUGCAAGCCCAUCGAAGUCCCUGGGGCCACCCAGACCCGUGUCCCUGCGCCGGCCGGCGAGGUCGGCUUGGUCGGGUGGAGGCGGAGAGAUCGAUGAUGUGCUGCGCUCUGUGUCGGGGAAGGCGGUGGCGGAGGCGAAGGUUGGCGCCGAUUCCUCAACAGCGCUGAGCCCGGAGGCCGCGGUGGAGGCGCUGCUCCGCACGGCCGGGCCUGGCGCAGGCUCCCCGCCCCCAGAAGUCGUUGGCGCCGCCUUGAAGGCCAUGGGCGUCGCUGCGACCGCAGAGAACGCGGAGCGGGCGCUGCGAGCAGCCAUGGGUGGGGCCUCGCCAACUGCAGACCAGGUUGCGGCGGCACAGCAAGCAGCCAGCGCAGGGCUGCCACCCGACUUCUUCGAUCUGCCAGAUGCACCAGCUGCCGCCGCGGUCGCGCCGCUUGGCGCCGCGAAGAGCCCGGAGGAGGUUAUCCAGAUGCUAAUCCAGGCGGCGGGGCCGGGCGCCGGGCAUCCUCCGGCCGACGUGGUGGGCACCGCGCUGCGGCAAGCAGAAAAGAACUGCGAAGCAUCGGAGGUGCUCGGCGAGGCCCUCAAGGCAGCCAUGGCAGCCCCGGGUCCAAAUGGCUACGGCGUCGGCCCAACGAAUGAGGCUUGGAACAAAACUGCCGGAGUCUUAUGGUCGGACGCCCUGAAGGGCGCGGCGGGCGCCGCGGCGGGCGCCGCGCCGGGCGCCGCGCCAGCGCCGGGCGCAGGUGGUGCAGACGCUGCUGGCCCUCGCUGGGCAGGACUGCCAGCGUCACGCGAGAACGUGUUGCGGGCGCUGAAGGCUGCUGGGCGAGCCUCGCCCACUGAGGAGGAUGUGCAGAAGGCCAUGGCUGCGGCGGCCGCCGGGGCGGCCGCCGGGGCGGCGGUUCCGCCCGUGGCGCCCGGCGGCAUGUCGACGCCCGAGGUGGUUGGAGUGGCGCUCAAGCAGGCAGGAUACAAUCAGCCUUCGGCCGAGGAUGUGCAGGCCUACACAUUUCUCACACGUGCGAAGGGCGACUCUUGCACCUUACCAGCGGCGCUGAAAGGUGCGGCCACGGGGGAGUUCCCCGAGGUCCCCGACAUGCAGCAGAAAGUGAUCCACGAGCCCGGCACGUCCGCCAUCUCCAAGAACAUCCCACUCUCAGAGGUGAACCGCCACUGCACACCCGAGAACUGCUGGGUGGCGCUCAAUGGCAAGGUCUACGACCUGUCGGAGUUCAUGGACCGGCACCCCGGCGGCCCCACGACCAUCCUCGCCUGGGCGGGGAAGGACGCCUCGAAGUUCUUCAAUGACAUCCACAAGGGCGUCAAGACGCUUGGACCCGAAAUGCAGCAAACGAGGCUGGCAAGGAUCGACGCCUACUUGCGCCCCGAGGCCUUCUUGGGCGACCUGGGCGUCGACGAGAACCUCAUGUCCGACGAGUUCUGGCACACGCUGCGCGAGGCCCGCAUCGUCGAGAUCCGGCAGGAGGUCGACCGUCUGCUCGACCAGUGCACUGAGACCCACAAGGACUUCGCCAAAGCUGCAGAGGUGAAACGGGCCAUGGAAGAGCUCUUGUCGCACGAGGACCACGCGCACAAGCACGGCGUGCCGCUGGGCUUCUCGAGCAGCGACAUCCCCCUGUCGGAGGUGGCGCGACACAACAAGCCGCACGACUGCUGGAUCGCCAUCAGCGGCGAGGUCUACGACCUCACCGACUUCCUGCAGCACCACCCCGAGCAGCGCAACUCCAUCUUGGCCUGGGCCGGCCGCGAUGCGACGCCCAUGUUCAACAAGAUCCCGGGCCGGUUCCCCAGCAAGCAAUGGAUGGAGUUCUACAUGCGCCCCGAGUUCAAGACGGGCAAGGUGGGUCCUGAGGCACCGGUGGACGCCAUCAUCCGCGAGCUCAGGGAGCUGCACGACGAGCUGCGGCGCUUGGAGGGCCCGUCCAAGGAGGACAUCGAGGCGGCGAAGACGGCGGUGAAGGUGCCGGGCAAGACGGACGCACCCACGCUGUCGGAGGAGAGCCGGUUCCCGAAGCUGGCGGAGAUCUCCGCGGGCAAGGACCUGCCCUUCUUCUCCCGUGCAGAGGUGGCGAAGCACAACACGGCGGAGGAGCCCUACAUGAUCAUCCACAACCGGGUCUACAACCUGAAGCCUCUGCUGGGCAGCCACCCGGGAGGUGACGACAUCCUGAUGUCCAAGGCGGGCACGGAUUGCACCAAGGACUUCGAGGUCUUCGAGCACUCCGAGAAGGCCCGCGUGCAGAGGGACCGCGACAUGCUGGUGGGCCAGCUGGUGCCGGCAGAGAACACGGACUGGUCCGAGAGUGCGGCGGUGCAGCAGGUGGUCGGCGAGGAGACCUCGGAGAUCGCCCGGUUCCUCAAAUACAAGGUCGCGGACCUUGCUGCUGCUGGGCUGGCUUGGUACCUCUACAAGACCUUCCAGAACCGCAAGCCGCUGUCCCAGUUCACCUACAGCCGCGCCCUGAGGCACCUGCACCUCAUCAUGGCCGUGGGCAUCUUCGGCGCCGUGGGCACCGCGCAGGCCGCCUCCUACUCGGAGGGCCAGGCCAAGAAGCAGAUGCUCUGGUGGCACAAGCAGACCGGCAUCCUGAUGCUGGUGGCCCUCGUCUUCCGCGUGAUCUUCCGCAUGCAGAGCGGCAUCCCGCCGCGCUUCCCCGGCAACGCCCUGGUGCAGAUGAUCGAGACGCAGAGCCUCCGGGCCUUCUACGCCUUCGCCCUGCUGCUGCCGGUGUCCGGCAUCGCCAACGAGUACUUCCUCAAGUGGGCACCCGGCUCCGACAAGACCGGCAACGCAGAGGACGACCGCCGAAACGACCGCCUGGCCAAGCAGUCCAUCGACGCCCACAAGAUCCUGGGCAAGGCGCUGCAGUACGCCUGGCUGCCCUUCCACCUGGGCUACACCACGCUCUACCACUACAGCCAGGGCCGAGGCGUCGUCCGCAAGGUCUCCCCCUUCAUCUGUGGCUUCUUGAGACGGUCAAACGAACCGUCGAAGCCGUAUGACUUAUGCACGAUGGCGACGGUGGCACGGAUCAUGGCGGCCAAGAACACCGACGAGCACCCCGCCAGCGUCCCCGACAUGCAGCAGAAAGUGAUCCACGAGCCCGGGACGUCGGCCAUCUCCAAGAACAUCCCACUCUCGGAGGUGAAUCGCCACUGCACUCCGGAGAACUGCUGGGUGGCGCUCAAUGGCAAGGUCUACGACCUGUCGGAGUUCAUGGACCGGCAUCCCGGCGGCCCCACGACCAUCCUCGCCUGGGCGGGGAAGGACGCCUCGAAGUUCUUCAAUGACAUCCACAAGGGCGUCAAGAUCGACGCCUACUUGCGGCCCGAGGCCUUCCUGGGCGACCUGGGCGUCGACGAGAACCUCAUGUCCGACGAGUUCUGGCACACGCUGCGCGAGGCCCGAAUCGUCGAGAUCCGGCAGGAGGUCGACCGUCUGCUCGACCAGUGCACCGAGACCCACAAGGCCGACAGCAUCCCGCGACUUCUCCAGGACAAGAACUUGGACCCGGCACUGAAGACCAAGCUCCAGCGUUUGGAGACGCAGAAGCGCGCAGCCUUGGAUGCCGAGGACUUCGCCAAGGCUGCCGAGGUCAAGAGAGCCAUGGAGGAUCUGCUGUCGCACGAGGACCACGCACACAAGCACGGCGUGCCACUGGGCUUCUCGAGCAGCGACAUCCCCCUGUCGGAGGUGGCGCGACACAACAAGCCGCACGACUGCUGGAUCGCCAUCAGCGGCGAGGUCUACGACCUCACCGACUUCCUGCAGCACCACCCCGAGCAGCGCAACUCCAUCUUGGCCUGGGCCGGCCGCGAUGCGACGCCCAUGUUCAAUAAGAUCCCGGGCCGGUUCCCCAGCAAGCAAUGGAUGGAGUUCUACAUGCGCCCCGAGUUCAAGACGGGCAAGGUGGGUCCGGAGGCACCGGUGGACGCCAUCAUCCGCGAGCUCAGGGAGCUGCACGACGAGCUGCGUCGCCUGGAGGGCCCCUCCAAGGAGGACAUCGAGGCGGCGAAGACGGCAGUGAAGGUGCCGGGCAAGACGGAUGCACCCACGCUGUCGGAGGAGAGCCGGUUCCCGAAGCUGGCGGAGAUCUCCGCGGGCAAGGACCUGCCCUUCUUCUCCCGCGCAGAGGUGGCGAAGCACAACACGGCGGAGGAGCCCUACAUGAUCAUCCACAACCGGGUCUACAACCUGAAGCCUUUGCUGGGCAGCCACCCGGGAGGUGACGACAUCCUGAUGUCCAAGGCGGGCACGGACUGCACCAAGGACUUCGAGGUCUUCGAGCACUCCGAGAAGGCCCGUGUGCAGAGGGACCGUGACAUGCUGGUGGGCCAGCUGGUGCCGGCAGAGAACACGGACUGGUCCGAGAGCGCCGCGGUGCAGCAGGUGGUCGGCGAGGAGACCUCCGAGCUUGCCCGGUACCUGAGGUACAAGGUCGCGGACUUUGCCACGGCUGGGCUGGCCUGGUACCUGUACAAGACCUUCCAGAACCGCAAGCCGCUGUCCCAGUUCACCUACAGCCGCGCCCUGAGGCACCUGCACCUCAUCAUGGCCGUCGGCAUCUUUGGCGCCGUGGGCACCGCGCAGGCCGCCUCCUACUCGGAGGGCCAGGCCAAGAAGCAGAUGCUCUGGUGGCACAAGCAGACCGGCAUCCUCAUGCUGGUGGCCCUCGUCUUCCGCGUGAUCUUCCGCAUGCAGAGCGGCAUCCCGCCGCGCUUCCCCGGCAACGCCCUGGUGCAGAUGAUCGAGACCCAGAGUCUCCGGGCCUUCUACGCCUUCGCCCUGCUGCUGCCCGUGUCCGGCAUCGCCAACGAGUACUUCCUCAAGUGGGCGCCCGGCUCUGACAAGACCGGCAACGCAGAGGACGACCGCCGAAACGACCGCCUGGCCAAGCAGUCCAUCGACGCCCACAAGAUCCUGGGCAAGGCGCUGCAGUACGCCUGGCUGCCCUUCCACCUGGGCUACACCACGCUCUACCACUACAGCCAGGGCCGAGGCGUCGUCCGCAAGGUCUCCCCCUUCAUCUGA